AUGAAGUUAAAAGGUUCGGUGCAAGUCAGAGUCAGGUGGAAGUCAAAGGACUAUCUGUUACCUCUUCUGGUGGUGAAGGGUACCGGGUGCAGCUUGUUGGGCCGCAACUGGUUCCAGCCGCUCAACAUCAAGAUCAGUGGUGUCAACAACGUUUCCGCUGCUACCAGCAUAGAUGCAUUGCUGAGCAAGUUUUCAUCAGUGUUUGCGGAUCCUUGUGAAGGACAUGCUGGGCCACCAGUUGAAAUAGAACUUAAGCCAGAUGCCGUGCCGCAGUUCCGGAAGGCACGCCCGGUUCCUUUUGCCUUACGCGGGGCAGUGGAGCGUGAACUCGAGAAGUGGGAAAAGCAAGGAUUCAUCUCGCCAGUUCAAUAUUCGGACUGGGCUACUCCAAUGGUCAUAGUGCGUAAAAAAGACGGUGAGAUCCGCAUGUGCGGUGACUAUAAGUCAACAGUUAAUGCUAUGGCUAGGAAGGCUUCUUUUCCACUACCCACAGCGAGUGAAGUGCUUGCGAGUCUGCAAGGCGGCAGUGUGUUUUCGACUCUCGAUCUGGCUGAGGCGUAUCAGCAGUUGCACGUGACGGAACAAACAUCAAAGAUCCUUACAAUCAACACACUGAAAGGGCUUUACGCCGUCCACAGGCUGCCUUUUGGUAUUUCGGCUGCUCCAGCCAUUUUUCAAAGAUUUAUGGAAACCAUUCUGGCAGGAAUUCCAGGCACGAGUGUGUACCUGGAUGAUGUGAUUGUUGCAGGGAGAACAGACGAUGAGCAUAAACAGAGGCUGGAAGCAGUGUUACGACGACUGUGUGAUGCCAAUCUGAAACUAAAGAAGUCUAAGUGCCAUUUUGCUAUGCCGGAGGUUCGCUACCUAGGGCAUCGCAUCAAUGCAGAGGGCAUUCAUACGACCGAAGAAAAAGUGCAAGCACUACUGGAUGCUCCAGAGCCAACAAAUAAGGCGCAGCUCCAAUCAUUUUUGGGGAUGUUAGCAUUCUGCGAUAAAUUUCUGCCAGAUCGGGCAUCGACAGCUAAGGAUCUCUACGAGCUACUGCGAAAGGAGACUACAUGGUCUUGGGAGCCAAAGCAUAAGGAGGCUUACAACAACCUCAAGCAGCUAGUGAACUCGCGCAUUGUGUUGGCACACUACGAUGAAAAAAAGCCCCUCCUUAUUUCCUGCGAUGCUUCUCCUUAUGGGAUUGGGGCGGUUCUGUCUCAGCCUGACGAGCACGGUGAAGAAGCCCCGCUAGCUUUCACCUCUCGAACUUUGGGCCAAGCGGAACAGAAUUACUGCCAACUGGACCGGGAGGGACUGGCAAUUAUAUUUGCCACAGCAAAAUUCCAUCAGUUCAUCGCCGGUCGCCAUGUUACCAUUGUAACAGACCACAAACCACUUCUGGGAAUUUUGGGCAGUAACAGACCGGUUCCAGAGGUUCUGUCUCCGAGGAUGCUGCGCUGGUGUUUGAAACUGGCCGCUUAUGAUUAUGACUUGAUCUAUCGCAAAGGAAGCGAAAAUCAGAAUGCUGAUUUCAUGAGUCGUUUGCCCCUAGAGAGCGACUUGGAUGAACCAAAUGCCCCGGCAGACGUGCUAAUGUUAGAAGGCUUCAAGUCGCCGCCACUUUCCAUAAAGGAUCUCCAGACGUGGACUCGGGAAGAUGACAUUCUUUCGGAUGUGCUUAAAGCAGUGCAAGCAGGAACUGUGCAAAAGCUUACAGAAGCGCGUUUCAGGCCUUAUGUUCGGUUAGCAUCUGAGUUGUCUACCCAUAACGGCUGUGUAAUAAGAGGUUCACGUGUAGUGAUUCCACCCCGAGCCCGAAGGAAGGCUCUGGACUUGCUCCAUGCAGGCCACAGAGGUAUCGUUGCUGCCAAGGCCUGCGCCAGAGCCUACAUGCGGUGGCCGGGCAUGGACUCUGAGAUUGAGCAUCAGGUUCAAGACUGUGUCAUCUGCCAGGAAAACAGAAGGCUUCCGGCGAAGGCUCCCGUACCUCAUUUCUAA